AGGAAACAUUUUUUUAAGUAAAAACACAAGACUUUCUAAAAAUGACAAAAUAUACAUAAAACAUGUUUUUUUUUAUUAUUGUGGAAUAUGUGUAAAUUUACAUUCUGUAUUUUAUAACCAAACUAUUUCACACACAAAGUGGAUUCCAGUUUAAUUGGAAUCGAAAGUGUCAACAUGGUCUAAAUCUGACUGGCUGGAGAGACAGAGUGUAAAAUAAACGACACGGUUUCCUCUAAUCAUCAGGUUGUCCCACUCAACCAGAAGAGGGCGCCCUACUCAUUGCUUGUGCAUUUUAUUGGUCUGCUGCAUCUUGUUAUUUGAAUCAAUAAUUAGAUGAUUAGAUUAAUUUUAACUUGCUGUUAUAGGUUUGAAUAUGAAUAAAUGGACUUGUGACUGAAACUAACUAGGCUGAUUGCGAUUAUCUUAAAAAUAGUUUGUUUUGCAAAUCUUAGCACAUGUUCUAAAAGUGUAUGCUAGGAAAAUAAAAGUUAAUCAAGACAAAUAUAUAUUUUUUGUCUGUUUCUUGAUACCGUUGUGCUCUUGCAGGAGUGAAUGCGUGUGAAGUUGCUGGUUUUUUAUGAAACCUGGUCUUUCUUGCUUCCUCAACAUAAUGACUGUUUUUAACAGUUUCUGACUGGUUGAAUAGUUCUGCCGGUAAGCUUCGCUGUUAUCUGCUGCACAUCUUUUAGUUUCCAUUUAAGUGUCUCAUUGUGACACCUAACUUCCUGUGAAACUGCGAGAACAACACGCUGGUUUCCUGAUGCCCUCUCAGUGAGCGUUCUGCUCUGCACCUCCACGCAGCGAGAGCUGACCGGGCCGGCUCUGUUCUGGAGCUGCUCGGGCUUUAACCGGGUCGUGGUUCCUACCGUUUUCAGGGCUGUUUGUGAAAGCAGAAGCUCCUGCGCCGUGCAGGUGGAUGUCGGCCUGCCGGCCCGCGGCCCCCGUUCGCCAUGGCAGCGGCUCUGCCGGAGUGUUACCACGGCGGCAUAACCAAGAAGGAGUGUGAGGAGGUUCUGGGGAAGAAGAACAAGGACGGAGCGUACCUGAUCCGAGAGAGCGAGACCAUCCAGGGAGCGCUGUGUCUCUGCGUCUACAAACAGAAGGUGGUUUAUACCUACAGAAUCCUCCAGGCGCACAACGGAAACUACACCCUGCUGACAGCAGGAGGUUUGCAGGAGACAUAUUUUAAGACUCUGGGCGAUUUAAUCCGUAACUACAAGAGGAAGAACCAAGGUCUGGCCAUUCAUCUGCGCCACUCGGUGAAAAAGAAAACACCCAUGUUGAUCCAGCCGCCGAGGAGACCAGAAACACAACCUGAAGCUCCGGCCACACCGCCAGCCAGAAGAUCGGCUGGAGGAUCGGCCGCAGCGUCAGCCAGAGGAUCGGCCGCAGCGUCAGCCAGAGGAUGGGGCGGCGCGUCGGGCGGACACUCAUUGCAGAGAGGAGCUUCUCCUUUACCUGAAGAGGAAAAUGAUUAUGAGAAUGAUCCAAAUUCAGAUUAUGUGGAAGUUAUUCCAGAUUAACUCAAGCCAACCUCAAACCGAAGGACAACAAGAACACAGACUGAACUUUGUUUGGCAUUAGAGAUGUUUUAUUUUUUUAUGCGAAGCCCUGAGGAGAUUUGUUGCAUUUGCACAAUUUAGGUAAAACAGACUGAAAAGGUGAGCUAAUGCAGAGUGAGUUUCCUCCCAGCUAUUGACUCUGAAUGAGAGGAUGAACUUCUGCACUUUCUUCUCACCUCAUUCCUGUGAGCGCAGAAGAGGAAGAAAGAGGAAGAGGAGGAGAAGUACUGCUCUGAAAUCACAAAAGUUGUAUUUAGUUUGACAUUUUGUUUUACUCCUGGCAGUCGAAACCUUGAUAUUUAAUAUUCAUUUCAUUUUAGUAAUACAGACAUUUUUGUGCUGUUUGUUCUGAUGUGCAUAAAAUAAAUCUUAUCUGAACGUCAUUAAAGGGUCAUAAUCUGUAAAACGCAACAGAAUAUCUGCAAGAAUUUAGAUUCCUUCUUUCAACACUAAGAGGGCAAGAAGGACGUCAAGUGAUCAAUAAAACAUUUUCUCAUAAGUGAGAUAAUCUGCCAGAGGAACGAGAACUUUAUUGACUUAAAAUAAGCUCCUAUAUCUUAAUCAAAAGUUACUUGUAAAUUAGUUUUGUCUUGUUUCAAGUAUAUGAAGAUCAUAAACUAAACCAAACCAUGUUUGGUUACCAAACUAAAGAUACUUGGUAACAUUUUGUGUUUUUGCAGUGUGCUUCUGACAGCAGCUCAGGACAUUUCUCAACGAUGAAACAGAAACCUCGGGAAGUAAAGUCAGUUUUAAGAGAUUUUAGAUCAUAUCAGCAAACCUGAGGCCCAGAAAUGCAGAAAGAAACAGAAAAAUCAUCAGAAAAAGUUCAGACUGAGGCUGAGGGACGUUUAGCUGAGCGUCUCCAAGAAGGUGAAAGGACAUUUAAAACUUGAUUCAAUAAAUAAUUUCUAAAUGUUUUUGUAGUUAUUUUGGGAUUACCACUCUUUUGCCCCACCAAUGUAAGGUUUUAUAGAUAGUUUGUUCUUUUUUUUUUCAUGUGCAGAUAUUUUCAGCAGAAAUUUGAGAAAAAUAAUUAUAAGAAUUUGUGUUUUAGCAGUGUGAAAAAGAGCUUUGGUACUGUGCAGAAAUUUCCGAUUCGCUUGUAUAGUUUUUGUUUUUUGGUGCAUGGAUUGCCAAUUCCACCAAGAUCAUCCAUUGAUUGAAAAAGCAGACAGUCUGAAGGAAGACGACAUCUGGCAUGCAGGAAAAUGUGCCUGAUUUCAGAGAGCCUGUAAAAAGGAGAACUGGAUACAGAAUAAAAUAUAUAUGUCUGUUUAAA